AUGCGUAGCUGUGUCCUUGCAUCGUUGUUCUCGCUUGCCGUCGCUUAUACUCCAUUCGAGCGUCCCGGUCAUCCCUCCCCGCCUCACCAUGUCGGCCCUGUUGGACCGUAUCACCGUGGCAGUAACGCUACAUGUAUCUCGGCCCCAGACGCCUCCUUGAUCGCCACCAGCUUCGGUCUGACCAUUUCGAACUACACCGAGGCCCUGGCUGUGCAGCUGUUCACAAGCAACUUCACGGAUCAGUCGGACAGCGUCAACACUCUGAUUCACGAACCUGGACUUCAAGCCUCAGACCUUGGCUCCCUGACCUUCUCAUCCAAAGUUGAAUUCCUCGCUGGCCAGGGUGCACAGCCUCCAGUUCCUUUCGUGAUUCUUAACUUGUGGAACACUUGCAACACCGUCAUCAUCAGAUGGCUCUCUGACCAGAGUCCUCUUCCUGUUCAGGGUAUCAGCAUCGCUACCGUAGAGCCUGCUCAGCCAGGUGAAGGUGGUGGCUUCGGCACCGGUGCUCAGAAAUGGCAGAUCUCAGCUAUUGUCGCUGAGUUUAACUCUGGCGCAUGGUUAGGCAACCUUGGAUAUCCUGAGUGCAAGCCUGCAGCCAAUACAACAGCUUAG